AUAUCGUCGUCAAUGACAACGGUAAAGGGAAAACUUUACCGUUUGAAAGUUUGAUUUCUGCUCUUUAGAGAGAAAUAGCUCGUUUUCCUAUAAUUUUCGUUUUAAAUUGCUAGUGAAAAUUGGAGAAUUUAAAUAAAUAUGGCGGAAGUUGUAUCAGUUCGUCAAACUCUUUCGGAUUCUAUAUUCAAAACUCGUCCCGUAACCCAUACUUUCUAUAGAAGUGAUAAUAAUACAGGAGGAACAUCAAUAACGCAACUUGAGGAAAAAAGACGUCAAAAUCAAAUGAGAAUGCCUCUAGUUAGGGGACGAUCGGAUGUGGAAUCAUUUAGUAGGACUGCUACUCCUGAACAAUUUAAAAGGCAUUAUGAUGAAGGUGAUAAUCGGCCUCCAGCACCCUAUAGGUCUUUCGAAAAUUUUGUUGAUCCCGUGUCUGGUUUCUUAUCCGCUGGUGGUGAUGCCGAUAGAAACACUGGUCAUAAUAGAAUUUCUUUAAUGGUCCAUUUAAAUGAUAAGCCAAAUGCUCAAGAUAUCCGUCAAAUUAACUCCAUUAGGGUAGGUAAACCAGCAGCUCCUCCGGAUACUCUAAGAGAAACUGUAAAAGAUCCUGGUGCUCCAUAUCUUUGGAAUUCACGUGGCAUGCUUGACGUUUCGAUUAGAAAUGGCUUAGGUGGAUGGACAAGUAAAAAAGAUCCAAAGGAGGACGAAAAGCGUGCUAAGACAGCCGAAGAAUCGAUGAGAGAUAAAUUAGCAUUAAGAUACCGAUAUACUUCAUCAACUCAAAGAUCUUAUGAACAUGUGCCUUGGGACGAAAUGCUUUCCCUUAAAAAAUGGAAACCAACGCAUACGCUUGAAUCAGCAGCAGACCCUAUACGCCAAAGUGCCCCAAAAAAUCGUUACGAAUCUACAGCUAACGAGUGGCAAAGACAAGAUUUACGACCUUGGGACUCUUACCAAACUAGAAAAGGCUAUUAUAAGCAGAACGGACCGAUACCUGGCGUCGUUUUCUGUAGCCAAAAUCCCAGAGCUACACAAAUACCCGGAUAUAGUGGUUCUAUCGGAGGAGAAAAUCUUGAAGAAAUUGAUAAUAAAGAAGAGAGAUUCAGACCAUUCACUAUUAAAAGAGUUCCUAUCCCCCGUCCAUCUGAAACUGCUCAUAGGCCUAACAUUCCCGGCUACGCCGGUUGUACUCUCUACAGACCGCAUUCAAUGCCUGCUCAUGCAACAACAGGAGACGAUAAAACUACUGCUAGAACUCAUCGCCCUCUACCUUUACAACCUCGGAAUCCAGAGUUUAAAAGGGAUGGUGAAAUGUCGAAGGCGAUUACUCUAGUUCAACCGAACAACCCUUUCAAUCUUAUUAAAAGACAGGAGCCUGCCUAG